AGGGUAUAUCACUACUAUAUCACUAUCACUACUUCCAAGGCAUUUUGGACCUUUUUUGUUAUUUAAGAGACAAACCAUUUAUUGAUGCCAAUUGCGCCAAUUUAAACAAAAAUCAUUUUUGGUUUCAGUACUAGGCUUUAUAAUUGAAUAUUGGUUCAAGUUUUUAUCAUCUCUCGACGCCCAAAAAUUCAAGUUGGCAAUUCUAUCAGCUGUGUUGCAUUUUGAAAAACAUAUGGUAUACAAAUAUUUGGUGCUUUGUUCUCACAGCCAAAAAAUUAAUUUGUAGAAUGUCUGAAAAAUGUUUUUGUUGCAACUCGAAAACUGAGUGUAAACAUGGAGAAGAAGAAAAUGAACCAAAGUUUAAGUACCAACGCCUAAACAACGAUUUGAAAACUAUACUUAACGCCGAUGCUGUUACAUGUACUGCAGUUCACUCAAAGUUUCUUAUACUUGGGACUUUUCGAGGUCGCGUUUACUUACUCGAUCAUCAAGGAAAUUCAAUUGAUUCGAAAUUGAGCAAGAGCGGGCGACAUACACAUCAGGUGGCAGUCAACAAAAUUGAUGUAGACCCGAAGGGCGAGUACGUUGCCACAUGCUCAGACGACGGAAAAGUAAACAUUACGGGAUUGUUCUCGAGCUCUAUAGACCAGACACUAGAUUUACAAAAAUGCAUAAAAGUGGUCGCCUUGGAUCCUAACCCUAAGUCUUGUAUUGAUCGAUUUAUAGUGGGUGACGAAAAACUAGUUUUGUACAACAGAAAAAUUCUUCCGGGAUUUGUGACUAAAGAGCUAUGUGUCGUUGAGGGUAGUGUUCUGUCAAUUUGUUGGCAUUUAAACCUGGUUGCAUGGGCAAGUCAUUUGGGUGUUCAUGUUUUCGAUUUGAAUGAAGAAUGUUCUCUGGGUCUGAUUAAAUGGGAAGUUCCGCCACAUACUCGGCUUGAAAAUUUCGACUGUCACUUGCGUUGGGAAAACGAGAACAAGCUUCUUAUCGGCUGGGUGGAUACCAUUAGAAUUUGCAUAAUUCGAAGGCGAAAUGCAAUCGAAGCUUCAUCCAGAAACUUACCAGAUUAUGUAGUAGAUCCAAUCUCCACAUUUCAAACUAGUUUCUAUGUAUGUGGACUUGCCCCCCUAACAUCAAGUCAACUAGUGGUUCUUGGAUUUAUUAAGGAAAAAAGCGCCUCACAUAAGGCACUGCGCCCCGUACUCUGCGUCAUUGAAUAUAAACUGAAUAGCAGCGAAGAAUUAUGCACGGAUAGUCUGAACCUGCGAGGUUAUGAAGAUUACACCGUUAAAGACUACAGCUUGGGCUGCAUAAUUGAGGAAAAUCUGUAUUACAUUGUGGCACCUAAGGACAUUGUGGUCGCUAGUCUUAUCGAAACAGAUGAUCGUGUCGAGUGGUUGAUUAAACACAGCAAAUACAAAGAAGCAAUUGAGGUGGUCACAAAACACGGAGGAAGCAUGCCGAUCUUAACUAUUGCCAAACUUUAUAUAAAUUACUUGCUGGCGAGUAAGGAAUAUGAGACUGCAGCAAAACAAUGUCAGCUUAGGCUUGGCAACAAUAAAUCUUUGUGGGAAGAAGCUGUGUGCAAGUUUAUACGAUGUCAGCAGCUACGGUCUGUUAGCGCGUACCUUCCCACGUCUGAAAACUGCGAACUCGGUCCACAUGUAUAUGAAAUGGUUCUGUUUGAAUUUUUAGAGUUAGACGCCCAAGGCUUCCUAAAUCUCAUAAAAAAAUGGCCAUCGCGUUUAUAUAAUAGUCAAAGAGUCAUCGACGCUGUUAAAGCAAAAUUUAAGGACGCGAAUGAUAAUGAACUGUUAGAAUCACUUGCGCUGCUUUACUCCUACCAAGGGGAUUACGAGCGAGCCUUGCCAAUUUAUAUCAAAUUGAAAAACAAAGAUGUCUUUGAAUUAAUUCGUUGUUAUGAACUUUACAACGUUUUAUCAAAAUUUAUCGUUCCACUUAUUGAAUUGGACCGUGAGCAGGCGUUUAAAAUACUUCUAGAUAAAAAUAAGAUUCAACCGGAGGUUGUUGUCCAUCAGCUGGAAGGAAAACAAGAGUAUCUCUACUGGUAUUUGGACUGUUUGCUAAACAUUGACAGCAAUAAUGAGUUCCAACAUAAGUUAGUUUUCCUUUACGCCAAGUAUAAUCGUGACAAACUCUUACCGUUUUUGCGACGAUCAAACAAAUAUGUAAUACAGAAAGCACUUGCCAUCUGUGACAAGGAAAAGUUUAACGAAGAAAGGGUCUACCUAUUGGGUUGCAUGGGUGAAGCAGCAAAAGCUCUGAAUAUUAUAAUUCACGAUAUGAAAAAUAUUCAAGUGGCUAUAGAGUUCUGCAAAGAUCAUAAGGACAACGACCUGUGGAGUUUGCUUAUAGAUGAAUCAAUAAAUAAACCGGAAAUAGUGACAACACUAUUGGACGGUAUUAUGGAUUAUGUCAACCCCGAAGUCGUGGUCAGAAAAAUUAAAUUGGGUCAGAAAAUCCCCAAUUUACGAAAAUCAGUCGUAAAAUUGCUUUGCCAUUACAAUUUACAAAAAGAGUUGCUAUCUUCAACCCACCUUAUACAACUUAAGGAUUACUUUGACACUAGCUCAGAGAUUAUAGUUGUCCAACGGCGUGGUUUCCAGAUAACCUACGAUCAACCAUGUACGAAAUGCUGUAGUGCAAUACACACAAAAAAUGCGGCGCAAAAUGUUGUAGCCGGAUUUAAAUGUGGCCACAUCUACCACAACUCGUGCUCGCUAUCUCACUGCCCUUAUUGCAAAGAGUGCCGAAUAUGGGAUUCCGACGAAACCGAAAAGUUACAUAUGUAGUGAUAACUGCUUUCUUUGAUCUACCUUCAAAUAAAUAUGCAUUUUUCUUUAAAA